UUUAAAUUUGUGGGGUGCACGUGUAGAAGAGCUUGUAGUUUUAUCUUACUUUUUUUGCUUUUUUUUUAUUUAUUAAGGUGAUAUUGAAUAUAUUUAUGUACGAUCUAUUUAAAGUGAAGAAAACAUGCAACGUAAAGCAGAAAUCCAAGCAGAAGGAACAGCAGUGAAUUCACCCCUUAGAAGAUCUAGCCGAAAGACUUCUGUCAACUCACCGACCCCAGCAACGUUAAACACAAGAAGAGCGUCUCAAACACAAAAUGAAACUGCACCCAAAACCAGGCGUGCCUCUCUAUCACAGGACAAUUCUGAUAAGGAUGAAAAAGUAGAUAAUAAACCUGCUACAAGAGGAAGAAAAGGUUCUACUACAAAGGAAGAGUCUGAACCAAAACCGGAACCUGCUAAAACCAGAGGCCGAAGAGCCUCUGCAUCCACUGUAGAAGAACCAAAACCGCAAGCCACUACAAGACGUCGAAGGUCAAGUGCUGCAGAAGAUCAUCCAGCUGAUAUUGAGACUUUAAAACCAAUUAAAACUCGCAGAAGUUCUGCUACCGAAAAACCUACUGAGGAGGAACCUGCCAAAAAAACAACUAGAGCACGACGAAGUUCAGUUAAAGAAGAAGAGCCCAAAGAAGAACCUGUUAAAAGAACUACAAGAAGCAGAAAAGGUUCAGUUGAUACAGCAGACCACACUGAACCUAAACAGAAGAAACCCAAUACUAGAGGACGGAGGUUAUCCACAGAUGAACUAGAUAGCGAACCUGAACCGAAAGCUAUUAAACUAACACCAGUAAAAUCUAAAGGAAGACUUUCUGUGACUGAAAAUACGGUUAAUUUAGAACCAAUUGAAGAACUAGAAUCGGAAAUAAAAAGUAGGAGUAGUAAUUCUCCAGUAACAAAAGAUACAGCAAUAAAUCUUACACCUGUUAGGCCUACUAAACCAACAGAAGUCACAACAAAUUUAAAUUUAAGUGUUAUCAAUGAAACUAGUAUAGUAGAAGAAACACAAGAUGAUAAAGAUAAAUGCGAAGGAGAAACAAUAACACCAAGAAGGUCACCUAGAUUAAAUAAAAGUAAACGAAAGUCAGCUGAAAAAUUGAAUAGUCCGUGUAGUUCACCAAUUAGUCAUUUAAAUAUGGAGGAAAACCAAUCACCUAAACCAGAUAUGAGCAACUCGAAUAAAAAAGAGGAAAAUGCAGAACAUCUUCAAACAAGUCCAAAAAAACUGAACUUUAUUGAUACAGAAGAGCCAAUAAAUUUGGAAGGAGAUGCAAAGGAUGAAGUUUCUUCUGAAACAAUAGAAAUCAAGACACUUGAAAAUGAACAGAUGAAGGAAAAUGAAGAAGAUAAAUUCUCAGAAGAAAAAUCAUUAGAGAAGAGUUGUGUUAGCAAAACAUUAACAGAAGUUUGCAAUAUAAACAUGGAAUCUGAUGGAUCUUUCAAAUUCCAUUUGAAUGUGUCAGUUUCAGCUUCCCAAAAUGAAAGUAUCCAAGAAAAGGACGAAUUGAACAGUUCUAAAUCUAGUAAUGCAAGUGAUAAAGAAAAUGUUAAUGCAAACACCGUUUCAAGUCCAAAGAAAAACACUGGAGAAGAAAAGGAUCAAGUUUCAAAUAUCUUAACUAAUACUCCUGUUCAUGAUAAAAGCUUAAUCCAAGAAGAAAUUGUUGUUGCUAGAAUUUCAAAUGUAUUCCGACCAAAAAUGAAGGAAAAUAGUUUUAUGGAGCCAAUGGAAGUUGAUGAAUAUCCCUCAAUGUUAGAAUCAGAACAAGGUAAAUCUGAAGCAUCAAAUAUUGGGGAUGUACCAGCUACAUCUACCUUAAGUGCAAAGAAGAACUUCAAAGAUGUUGAAAUUGAAGAACAACCUGUCAAUAAAAAUUUACAGAAAGGAAGUUUGAUUGACGUAGAAAAUGACUCUGUAGGUGAUAGUUUUUAUUUGAACCUAAGUACUGGUGCUGAAAAAAAUGAAGAUCCAAACGAUGUUUCACAAACUAUGGUGCAGGAUGAAGACUCCAAAAUUAAAACACCUGAAAAAUUUAUAAAGGAUGAACAUUCCGAGUUAGAAACACUUGGUGCAGAAGGUUCAAGUGAACAAAUUGAUAACCAAUUAGAGAGUUUUGAUGAAGUGGAAAUUAAAUCACAUGUUGAGAAUGUACUUGAAGAAGAAAAAAUCUCUAGAGAAGCAAUAACCAAUCCUAGAUGUCAAAUAGCAGGAGUUGAACGGAAUUUAGAGGAAACUGCAGAUAAAAAUAUUUCCUUGGAGAAGAAUCAAGACAUAAAAGAAACACCUUUAAGUACAUUGCCAGAUGAAUUAAUGAAAAAUAAUGAUCUAGAACCACAGUCACCAGAACACAUCAAAAAACAAAAAGAUACGAGUUCUCAUUCUAAUGAAAGUCUAAGAACAGGUGAUGAAAAUAGGAGAUCAGGAAGCCCUUCGUUUAUUUGUAUACAGACUGCAAAUAAGAAGAAAACUUUGUCAAGAAAAUCUAAUAGUCCUCAACCGCAACAUCCAUCUCAGACUGAACUAGUAGAAAAAGAUUCAUGUUUGAGAAGAUCUAAAAGUCCACAGCCUACAAAGUAUGUGCCAAAAAGAUCUAGAAGUCCACAGCAUGUGAAAGAUAAAUCUAGAAAAUCCAAAAGCCCUCAAUCCCAAAGAUCACCAAAAAGUGAGCCAUUAGAGGAAGGAACAACAUCGAGAAGUUCAAAAAAUUCUCGGUCAAGAAAGCUGUAUACCACUGAACAAAAUAUAGGGAAAGUCACUAGACAUGCCAGUCCAUCGGCAUUAGAAGAUAAAGAUUUGUCUACAGAGGACAUAAAUCCCUCCUUAGUGAAUGUUCAAAAUGAGAUAGACGAAGAAAAGUCUUCCCUUAGACAAUCCAUUGAAAAUUUACCAUUGCAAGAAACGGCUGUUACAGAAGUAAUUCUAAGUCCUGCAGUAAGCAAAGAACAAAAUACAGAUGCUAUAUCUACUCCCCCGGAGAGUUCAGCUAGUCAAUUUGAAGAAGGGAUACUCUUAAAGAAAUUAAAAAGUCCUUUAAUCGAAGCUAAAUCUCGAGCAGAUGAAGAAAUAUUUCCAGAAAUUUCUAUUGAUUUAUCAGAUAAAAAGGUAGAGGCAAGUCCUUCAGCAAUUAUUAAAAAACUAGUUGAUCGUUCAAAUGAAGAAGAGAAAAUAGACAUCGAAGAGUCCGAUAGUCCAACAAUGGAUAGAAAGGAAGAUACAGAAAAUUUAAAAUUUGUUGAUUAUUCAAAUGAGGAAGAGAAAAUAGAUAUUGAAAAGCCCAAAAGUCCUGCAACAGAUAGAAAGCAAGAUGCAGAAAAUUUACAAGAGAAACAAAGUUUAAACAAAUCUAAGUAUUCUGAACUUGAGGAUGCUUUCAGUGCUACUGAAAGUCCUGGCGGUCGAAAUUUGAAAAUCAGUGAUAUUGAAGUUGAAGUGAGAAGGAGGUCUAAGAGUCCCGAAUCUCUAAGAAGGUCUAAGAGUCCACAUUCAGAUAGUAGUAUGCUCGAGAAACCAUUAGAAUCAGACAAAAGUUCAACAGAGAAAGCUAACUUUGAAUCUGGAAAAAUUGAAGAUAUAGAGAUAAAUAAAUUGAAUGUGGAAACAUUAGUAAAAUCAGAAAGCUCUAACAACUUGAAGGAUUUAGAAACUCAGUCUAAGCAAUCUUUGGAUGAUGUAGAAGAUACAGUAAAUAUAACAUCUAAGGAGUCAUUGAAAUCAAAUAAUUUAGAUGACUAUGAUUUUGAGUUACCUUCUGAUGAAGAGGAAGCUGAAAAAACCCAUGCAGCAGAAUAUGACCAAAGCACAGUUGUAUCCAGUUAUAUUGCAACAUCUCAACUUAUCAGUGAUUUAUCGACUAGUACUGAAAUGGAAACUAUGAUCCUAAACAAGAAAAAACUAGAUACUUCAAAAGUACAUGAGGAAGAACUUUGUACAGAAGAAGACAGUUCUGGUAUUUCUCAAAGUACUGAGGAGAUAUUUGCAGUAGAGUUGAAUACUAAUCACACAGACCUAAAAGAAAAAGAUUUGGAGAAAAACAGUGAUAGUGAAGAAAUAUUUGAUAAUAUACAAAAUUCACAGGAAAGUAACGUCCAAAAAGAUAUAGAUGAUGAUAAAAGUAGUGAAAAUGGUGACAAAUUAAAAGGUAAAUUUACAGAUGAAGUUCAAGACAAUGCCAUGAAAGGACAAGAUGAAUUAGUAAAUUUGAUCGAGGAAAAAAUAAACAACUCAGAUAUGAAAAGUCCCCAGAAGAAAUUGAAAGUGAGAAAAUACUCUUUGAAGAAAGAAAUGGAAUCUUAUGAGGAAGAUAUGGAAAGAAAUAAUAAAGAGAAAACAGAUUCAGACGGAGAAAAUGAAAGUAAAUCACAUCAUUCGAAAAAAUCGAAGAAGAAACGUAGAAUUAGGGAGGAAGAUUUAGAAAUAUUUGAUAUAUAUAGUGACGAUUCAGAUAUAGGGAUUAUAGCAAUAAAGAACCCUAAAAAGAAACAGAAGAAAGUUCGGAAAUCUAAAGAUUCCGUUGCAAAAGAAUCUGAAGGUACUGAAGACACUAAAUCAAAAGACAAAAAGACUACAAAAAAGAAGAGGAAAAUCGUGUCUCCUGUAAAACUAAUAAAAAAUUCGACCUCUGAAGAAGACACCAAUCUAGAAAAAAAUACUCUAGAUUAUAAUGAAUUGGGAGAUACUAUAAAUUCCCAAGAAUGUAACGAACAAAAAUCGAAGAAAAAUAAAUCAGUUUCUCCUAAAAUAUCUAUAACAAAAGAAAAGCGUGCAAAAGACAGUUCAAAGAAAUCACCUGCUUCGAUAUUAGAUGAAUUUAUCACUAAGAAAAUAGCAGAGCUGACGAGUGAAGAAUCUUUUUCUGAAGAUGAAAAUUCAGUUGAACCAAAUGAUUACAUAUGUACCAUGGCUGAAGAAGGAGAAGAAGACACACCUUCUGAAGACAGUAAUGCUAUUAUUGACGAAGGUGAGUCAGUAGGUUCUACCGAAUCGGAAUAUGGUUCUAAUAGUGACGAAUAUGAUGAAAAUGACUCAUUUAUUUGUGACGAUGAAGAAGAGCGAUUGUUGUCUGGUGAAGAAUACGCUUUGAACUCUGAGAAAACAAAGAAGAAAUCUCGUAUCAUUCAAUUAGACAAUUGUGAUGAUGAUAUUAUUAAGAUCCAGAAAAAAGAAAAAACAAAACCAACAAAGAAGAAACGAUCAAGAAUUAUCUCCAUAACAGAAUCAAGUGAAUCAGAUGCAGGUGAAGUUGAGUUACAUAACGAUAAUGAUUCAGAAGAAAUGGUAAAAACUGUAGAAGAAACUAGUGAAAUUGAAGAAGUAGUAUGUGUCGAAGAGAAAACAGAUGAUGAAGUUUUUAUUGUGGAAACAAAACCAACUGCAAUUAGCCAGGAAGAAUCUCCAGAUGUGAGCCCGACUGAAAGUCCAGUAUUCGAACAACGCACUGAGAAGAAAAGGCUGUCGUCUAUAACUAUACAGGAAAACAUAAACGUUAAGGAAAUUAAGGAUUCACCUCUAAGUGAACGAGUUUCAAAUUUAAUCGAUAGCUUUUGUACUAAAAUGCGUAAAGGAGAAAUUUCCAUGAAUUUGUCCAUUGAGUGCUGUGCAAAAGAUGAAUCUGAACAUGAAAUCCAGCAAACUAGAAAUGCCAAGAAGAGAAGACUAUUGAGAAGUAGCAGUAAUGUUGAAAUUAAUCAAUCUGUGGAUAAAGAGGAUAAUGUGAAUUUCGAGGAAGACAGUUCAGAGGAAAUAUUCUAUAUGAAAACCACACCACCAAAACGAUUGAGUGUUAGUAUGGAUAACAGUACUUUGGCCGAGGCAAAAAAGAAAGCGAGGAAGAAGCGGAGGUUGAGCAAAAGCAUGGAUCAUUUGGAUCAAAUAGGAACUAAAAGUAAGAAAAUUGAAACUAACAAAAAGAAGAAGAAGAGGAAGAAUGUUGAGAAAAAGUCAUUAAGAAGUCCUAAGCGAGAUAAUCCCUUGGAACAUGAACUAAGGGUGCGGUCUUUGGGUCUUAUAAACCAGUUGAUCACCGAUAUAAAGAACAGACCUAGACGUAUUGUGAGGCCAAGCACUAACAUGAAUAAUUCUUGGAUUACCGAAGUGGCGUAUGUCAAACCAUCGACUACAGCCUUUGAUAAGGAGGAAAAGGCAGCUUACAAAGCAGGUAAAGUUCAUCCAAAGGAUUUUAGAAGUCAGGUGCUGAAUGAUCCUUCGAGAAUUCGAAGAAUUGACACUAAAGCACUGUUGAAGAAGAAAGGGGUACAUUUAUAGGCAGGAGGAUGUUUUCUUCAAUUAAGUUGAAAAAUUUACUUCUAGCAUAUUUUACAAUAUAAGUUAGUGAUAGUGUUCCAAUAUUUUAUUCUUUUGAUUGGGAAACAAAUUUUAUUGUGAUGUUAAUAUCUAAUUUGCUUUUACUUUAAACAGUGACUUAGAUUGUUUCUUAACUUUUAAUGGCAAAAGCAAACAUGUAAGCCUGCAUUUGUCUUCUGUGUUAAGUUUGUUAUAUUUUUUUAUUUAAUGAUGAUUUGUCCUUUAUAUGCCCUAUUAUUGUUAGUUUUAAGUAUUUUUUUUGUAAGGCUGAUUUUAAAUGAUAUUCAUGAAUUCCAAAAUAAAUAUGCUAUUCAUA